UCAAGAGCAGAGAUUAGAACCAAUACUGCAGCUGUGGAAUAUUAUCAACAAAAUGUGGUUUUCUCUGACUGUGCUCCUCCUGGCUGUAUGUGCCUGUCUGGCAGAUGUGUCUCACACUGAAGUAAGGAUGAAACGUUCUGCAUCAGCCUCUAGGUCAGCAUCACUCCGUCCCAGGCGAAUGGUUGGGGGGACCCCUGCCCCUCAUGUCCCCUGGCAGGCCAUGGUCUACAUCGCUGAGAAUGUGCUGGACGGAGGUUUUGCAAGUGGCGCUCUCAUCUCUGACCGCUGGGUUUUGACAGCUGGCAGGAACGUUUUUGUCAGGAAGAGUCGAAAGGACAUUCAGGGAGGAGCUGCCGUAAUCCCUAAAGUGUACCUGGGAAUCACACGACUCUCAGAAGUGAAUUCCUCCAAUGAAGUCGCAGUAGAGAAGGUUGUUCUCCAUCCAGGCUUCCAGAACCACUCUGACUGGGACAACGACCUGGCUCUGAUCCAGCUGAAGGAGCCUGUGGUUAUGAGCGAUAAAGUCACCCCCAUCCCCCUGCCCGAGAGAGGCCAGGACCUGGGCGAUGCCAUGGGCGGCUUAGGGGUCAUCACCGGCUGGGGCUGGGGGAGGCUGCUCACCCAUGCUGAGUCACUGAAAUACCUCAUACUCCCCCUGGCCAAUCAUUCUGACUGUAAAGCAGAAUUCAAACAUAUCUCUUUGACACCGGAUGUAGACGAGAACAUGUUUUGCACGGGAACUACAAGGUUUCAGGAAAAUGUUUGUUUUGGUGAUGCAGGAGGCGCUCUGGCUGUCACAGAUGCUGAAACUGGGGACAUUUACGUAGCAGGGAUCCUUUCUUAUGACAAGUCUUGCGACAGGUACAAAUACGCAGUCCACAUGAAGAUUUCCUCAUACUUACCCUGGAUCCACAGUGUCAUCAGAGGCGACACAGAGAACUCGUCUGCUCUGCGCACUGGUGCAAUGUCUAAGAUGUUCUCCUGGCAGCAGUAGAGCUUCAGGCUCUGUUCUUUUUAUUUUGUAGAGAAAAUCACUGUAGAUUCACUGAAUUUUAAUAAAUGCUUGUAAUGUAA